GUGUGUAGGAAUGUGGUAGUUAAAAAUUGCAUUUGGAAGCAAUGUGUGAGGUCAGUAACACGGUCACAGUAACACUGUUAUGCCCGUGAGCAUGAGUUCUUGAAGCCCCGAACUCUUCUGAGAAGGGAGCAGGGUUGCCAGGUUUUCGAAACAAAACCCUCCCCUGACAUGAAAAGCAUCCUGCGGCAACAGUGUUAAAGUAGCACAAUUUCGAGGGAAAACCGCGGACUUGGCAACAAUGGAAGGGAGGCGGGAGCACCAGCUCAUUCUUAUUUAAAGGGGACAUAGACAUAAACAGAGUGUUUUAGCUCAUACCCUAAAAGUGACAAUUUCAAGAAGCUAUAAAAUAUUAUCUGUGGGGUAUUUUGAAAUAAAACUUUAUAUACACACUCUGGGGACAUCAGAGAACAAUUUAAAAUAUUGUAUCAAUGCAUUGUAUGGCACCUUUAAAAAGAUCGGUAUCGGCAGAUAAUGCUUCCUGUGAUCGGUGAUUGGCCUCAAAAAUCCUGAUCGGAGCACCCCUAAAGUAAACUGUUUUACUGGUUUUGGCAAAUCUUCUUUUCUACUCAGACAUUCAUGUCAAGUGAAGCUCCUCCCACAACAAUAUUAUAUUCAGCAAUUCACCAAUAAAUGCUGGAAUAUUCCCAUCAGUUUACAAGUGAAGACGAGCAUCAAAUCAUCAGGAAGAGCUGAAAUCUGCAAAGACUGAGUUUAUUAAAGAGGACAAAGAGAAGAUGAGAGAUCCAGACCCCUGCAGAAUCAAACUCACUGAAGAUACUGAGGAACUAACAGAGUCGAUUGAAGAAAAAGAGAAUGAAGAUUUGAGUGAAGUUGAAGAGAACGAUCAUGUCAAAACUGGAGAGAAACCUCUUAGCUGCUCUCAAAGCAAACAGAAAGAUUUAAAGAAAAGAAGAGCCAAGAAAUAUUUCACCUGCACUCAGUGUGGAAAGAGUUUUACAAGCAAACAUAGACUUAAUGUUCACAUGAGAGUUCAUACUGGAGAUAAACCGUUCACAUGUGAUCAAUGUGGGAAGAGUUUCACACAAUCAUCAAGGCUUAAGGAUCACAUGAACAUCCACACGAGAGAGAAGCUGUACUCAUGUGAUCAAUGCGACAAAACAUUUUUGUGGGAUUCAUACCUGAAGAGACACCUGAGAGUUCAUUCAAAGGAGAAACCACAUUCAUGUCAUUUGUGUGGAAAGAGUUUUUCAUAUCUACAAAGUUUGAAAGUUCAUCAGAAAAUACACACUGGUGUGAGAGAAUACAUGUGCUUUGAGUGUGAGAAGACUUUUACUUCAGCAAACUGUUUAAAACUGCAUGAGAGGAUUCACUCUGGAGAGAAACCUUACAAGUGUUCACACUGUGACCAGAGAUUCAGUCGGUCAGGAAAUCUGAAAAGACAUGAGAGGAUCCACACUGGAGAAAAACCGUUCACUUGUGUUCAGUGUGGGAAGAGUUUCACACAAUCAUCAAGCCUUAAGUAUAACAUGAACAUUCACACUGGAGAGAAGCAGUACACAUGUGAUAAGUGCUCCAAAACAUUUUUGAGGCCAUCAUACCUGACAAAACACCUGAGAGUUCAUUCAAAGAAGAAACCACAUUCAUGUUAUUUGUGUGGAAAGAGUUUUUCACGUCUACACCGUUUGAAAGAACAUCAGAAAAUACACACUCCUGUGAGAGAGUACAUGUGCUUUGUGUGUGAAAAGACUUUUACUUCAGCUAAAUAUUUGAAACAGCAUGAGAGAAUCCACUCUGGAGAGAAACCUUACAAGUGUUCACACUGUGACAAGAGAUUCAGUCAGUCAGGAAAUCUGAAAACACAUGAGAGGAUUCACUCUGGAGAGAAACCGUAUCAUUGCUCUGCAUGUGGGAAACAUUUCAAUCAAUCAUCUAAUCUACACAGUCAUACAAAAAAGAUUCACAGUAGAUCAUCUCCAGAUCAGCACUUUCAGGUCUGAUGAUGCAUCCUCACCAAAUGGAACACAAAAAUGCAUCAAUCAAUAAAAUAUCAUCUGGAUAAAUCUGUCCUAACCUGUCAUUACAAGUGACAUGACAAAGAAACAUUAUCUAAAUUUUCACAGUGAAUAAAGUUAAUCUUCAUCUUCAAAACCUGCAGAUUCUACUGAGAGAUUCAGAUCAACUCAAAGAUCAUGUUCCUCCCCAGAGAACAAUGUCAGAAAUGUUUUAUUCUUCUAUAUAAUUCUGCUUCAUGCUAUAAAUAAUAUCAUUGUGUUUUCUUAUGAGUUUCAUAUUAUGUUCAGUGUUUUGCCAAAUAAUUUUCGUGGGAAGUUUCUAAAGGAAGGUCAAUUUGUUGCUGAAAGUUGGUAAAUGAUGUUGUGAUGUCACUGUGCGUCAUCAAGUAAUCACAACGCAAAAUUGUCACUGCAUCAAAUCUCAGCAAAAAAUAAAUAUUUUAUAUGUAAAUUUAGAUUUGUUCGUAA